CGCUGUACAUCCACCACCGCAUCCGCUCUCUCAGUCGCAUUCCGCCGUAGGGCUGGAUAGAACAUAAUAGCAUAAUACUCGGUGCUACGUCCGAAAAUGUCAGCACAAUCAUUACAAGAGGACCAGCUCCUGGAACUGCUCCUACAGCUCAAGAAAACAACGCCAGAGGAAGCUCGAGCAAUACUUCACAGUCAGCCUCAGAUUGCAUAUGCGCUGAUGGCUGUGCUAGUCAACAUCAACGCAGUGAAUGCGGAAGUCGUGCAGAAUACCAUGACAGCAUAUAGCGCACAGUCUGGCACAGCACCUGCACCUGCACCUGCACCUGCUCCCGGUCCAUCCGCACCGCCGAUGCCAGCCAUCCCUCCCCACCUCGCUCAGCCUCCGCCUCGCGGAGGCACACCGACAUAUCCUCCGCAGCGUGGUGCCACUCCUACAUACCCGCCCCACCAGCCUGCGGGCUACCCUCCCUCGUACUCUACCCCUCCGCCGCAGCAUGGCUUCGGUGGUCCGCUACCAGCAAGUCAGAUCCCUGGCCUCGGAGCGUAUCCCCCACAACCAGCACCCGCACCGGUGCCACCCCCGGCGGCGUCGAAGUCUGCGCAGUCGGCUGCGAGUAUCUUGGCUGCUGCGUUGCAGAAGGUGCCAGACGAGCAAAAGCCUCUUGUCAUGCAAAUUAUCUCGAUGACACGCGAGGAGAUCUUCGCUAUGCCGCCUACGGAACGCGACAACGUUAUCAAGCUGCGGUCUACUCUUGGACUCACCACCUGACACGCUUCCGAUCGACGGUAUUACCCGUUCACCUAUGUUUAGCACAGGAUAUGCGUGCAGUUUGGAUGACAGCGGGUUAAGAGACCCCCUCAUGCGAUCGCAGGAACAUCGAGCGCACCAUUUAGCCAUUGUACGGUCAAUCGAAGGACGACCCUUUUCAACAUCGUCUCGCCUUGCACUCACGUUGGAAGACAUCGCAGAAACCCAGCAGUCCGCCAUGGUACCUUAGCCACGUUCGACUAGACGCAGAAGGCUGUCACUCACCUGUUACUCACAACGGUGGAUUUCAAUCGUAGGGGAACUUCCCCAGUAUAUUACUACGUGUUUGUCAUCUGAACUGCGUGCCAUACAUAUUUACUGGUGUUCAUGA